UAAAAAGUGAAAAAAUAGGUAAUUUAUUAAAUUUAUUGGAAAAGUUAAGGAAACCAAACAAGAUUUGGUGACAUUUGAUUUAGUUGACCAAGGUGUAUGUGAUCAGUGAAUUGAUUUAUGUGCAAAUCAUUUACAUCUACGACAAGGAAAUAUUGUGCUUUAAAUAACUAACCAACGAACCCAACGAACAAACAGACAGACAUACAACUUAUUGAAGUUUUAUGCAAAGAAGUUGACAACUACAUUCAAGGAGAAAUGCUGAUGCAGCUGCAUUAUCAGUGCAAAAAUUUCUAGGAAAUAAAUUUUUGCUGUCGAAAUAUUUUAUAGCUUGCACUCCAAGCGAUGCAUAGUUGAAAUAAUUAUAUGAUAUUUCAACAACGUUUUUCAUACAUAAACUUAAAAAUUUGAAGAUCACUGCUCACUUCAUGUACAAAUUUCACCACACCAAUAUUAGUAAACCCAACUCAACACAACAACAAUCACAAUGGAUGACUAUAUAACAGUUGUGUCAGUUGAUGAACCAGCAAGCAAAGUAAAGAACCGACCAUUGUUGAAAAGGCAGAGUUCGAUCGCAGAAGAUUCUUCAUUUAUAACAGUUUUAACAAUCAACAAUAAUAACAACGUCAUGCCACAAACCAAUAACUCUCAUUCCAACUAUAUCACAGACACAAACCAAAUUUUAACGGAAACUGUGAUCGUAUAUCGUUUGCCCGGCGAACGCUUGGGUUUUGGUUUAAAAUUUCAAGGUGGUACACGUAGUACAGAGAAAGUUCAAAAAUUAUUUAUACAAUCAUGCGCCAAGGAUAGCCCAGCAUCGAAGGUAGAAGCCAGCUGGGGUUUACUGCGUGAGGGCGAUGAAAUUGUCAGCAUUGAUGGCAAUAAAGUGUGUGAAAUGACACGCAUUGAGUGUGUGCGCUGCUUGAAGGAUAAUGUCGCCAUUAAGCUUGAAGUGAGAAAUGGAUAUGGCCAGAAACCUGAAACUGAAGAGGAUUAUAUAAAUGGCACAGAACAUAUGAGCAAUGGCACCGCAUCCAUAAUGAGUAAUGGACAGAGUAAAGGUAGUCCGCCUCCACCACCACCAGUGCCACCAAGAAAAUUGGUUAAAAGAAAGUCUUUGAAAGAUGCCAAAAUCAUUGAGAAUGGUUUAAAAAUCACAACAGAUGCAGUGGAUAAACCAUUUACACCACCGCCAGAUGCAGAAUAUUACAUAAAUCUGUUUGCUGAUGGACAGUCCAUCAAAACUGAGUCAGAAUCUGAUGAUACUGCCAGUACGAUAUCUACUGUUAUCGAUAAGUUUUCAAUUAACUCGAAUUAUUCUUCUGAAUCAGAUUUGUCUAGCUUUGCAUCGCUGCCAAAUGCACAAAAUGUAAUAAACAAAACGGAUUUGGCAAAAGUACUUAAGCCAUUCACAAUGUUGGAAGAAGAAUUUAGUGUUGAUAGCACAACACAAUUUAAAGACUGCAUUAUCAAUCAAAUGGACGAUCCUAAAUCUAUGGGAGGUGAAGAAGUGAAAAAACUAAAUAUGAUUCCUGGAAAUAACUACGAAAAUGUAGAAUUUAAAACUGAGAAAGUAAAUGUUUAUGAAAAUGUAGAACUCAAAUCAGGAAACGAUGAAAAAACUGCGGCACCGGUCGUUAAUUUGCCGACACCAAAGCCAAGACAAGUUGCAGUAGGUGGAUCUAGCAUUGAACCGAAGAAACGUUCCAUCAUACCAUUGCCGCGUAAAAUAACCACACCAACAAAACUACCCAUUGAGGUAGCACCUCCAAAAGUACCAGACACAAGUAAUGCUCAUAAAUUACCUAAUACUCCAACGACACCAACAAAUGAAACCACACCUACUAAAGAAUUUCUGACUAAAAUACCUAAGGCAAUAGCGACAGUAUUUUCACCGAAUUCACUGCGCGUUAUGGAGCGCUCAAAGACUGAAAGUGAAAUAAAAUUGAAAUCGCCAUUGUACACAGAGAAUUUAAAACAGCAAACUUCAAUGUUUUUGGAGCAAGAAAGUAGAGGUUCCAUGGAAAACUUGAAUAACAAGGAAAACAAAACACAUGUCAGUAAAAUUAAGUAUAAUGCGGAUGCACUCAAGAGUGGCAUUAUAAAAUCACGUAUACCCGUAGUACUGUCACCGAAAAAUUUGUCAAAACAAGAAAAUCUAGUGGAGAAAAAAUCUAACUUAAGUAAUAGUCCUUCAAAUAUACCACGCAUGCUUAUGCAGAAACAAAAAUCCGAAACAGACCUUAAACUCGGACUAUACCGUAGUAAAUCGAAAGAAUCAAGUCCAACAUCAAUCAACAAAACGCCUUUACAGCGUACCAUAUCGGCUGAAUCGAAAUUAAAGAGUCCAGAACGUACACUAAUACCAAUUUUCAGUGGCCAAAUGUCUACAUCGACAGAGUCAUUGAGUAGUAAUAGCACACAGAGUAGUGGCGUCAGUGCAAAAACGAAAGGUCCUAAGCCAAAACCACCAGAGCGUAUACAAUCCUUGGGUAAAACUAAUAUCCCGAAAUUACAGACACCAAACAGUCCUACUGCAAAUACCAGCAACUCAUCCUUUACACUUACUAUAACAGAUAAGAAUGCAACAACUGCAACAGUGACGUCUACAGCACCACCCACUAUGCAGACCUUUAAACAAACAAAUACUAAACAAACUUCACCGGUUGGCACACCAACACCAGGUACACCACCUUCACCCACAACUGCUGCUAAUAGAGAAAUACGUUUCAAAAUACAAACAUAUGAAAGCAAAGUACAAGAAUCACAAUUAAAGGCUCCUUUCACUGAUGUAAAUGGUAAUGAGGAGACCAAAAUGCCGAGUUUAUUCGAUUUGGUUCAUAAAAAUAGUCCUAACCUGGAACGAAAAGAUAUUGAGAGUACAUAUAUGAAUAAUUCAGCAGUGAAGAUACAUAUCAAGGAUGUUACCGAAGAUGAAACGGAUGAUUCCGUGCCUGCAGUGGGUAAAUGUAUCAAGGUGAGCGAUACACAACCCACCUACUAUUCAAGUACAAGCAGUGAGGAUGAGGAUACUGAUACUAAUGAUGAGAAUGACGCUGAAAAGGAUUAUGACUGUGAGGACGGUGAGAAAUUGGGACCACCGGAGGUAAUAAAUGGACCUGGCCCCUCGGAGGCGUAUUUCAACUUAUACUGGCAUACAAAUAUGUUGCCUACGAUUGGUGAAGUUGAAGAAGAAUUCUCUUCGCUGGAACCACAAUCGUUAACAAAUGGCCCCAUUGUUAUUGUUAACGAUCUAAGCCAGCAGAAAGCAACAAGUACAGCUGAAGAAGAGAAGUCCACGGUGAACAGUAAGGAGAAUAACUCAGUAAAACCUGCAACAGUAGCAGCACAAAAUCAAAUUAAAUUUAAGAAACCACAUUUCAUCGGAGUACAAGUCUUACCACCAACAGUACCUAAAAUGGAGACUGAAGAAAAUGUCACCAACAAAAAUACUGACUCAAAUGAAAGCACAGCAGAAGAAACCAACGAAAAUGUUGAAGAAAAAUUAGUGUCAGCAGUAAAAACUGCAGUUGAAAUUAAAAGCGAAAAUGUGGUCAAUGAUAAUGCCAGCCAAAAUAUUAACAACGUUGCUGAUAAGAUAACAACCGCCGGCAGUGUUAAUGAUAACGCAUCUGAGCAGGCACGGAUUGACGAAACAACAAAAACAGUUACAAUGCAAAAUAUUGUUGAUGACAAAAAGCUUAUAGUAGAUAAUAAAGUUAAAUCGACUAAUCCAAGCGAAAAUAAAUUAGAAAUUACUAACGAAAAUUUACCUAACACGCAAAUACAACAAGUGGCAGAGAAGUUGGAGGAGUCGACAAAUUCUAAAGAAAAGAAAACCACACAAGCAGUUAGUAUAAGUGAUGAAGGUCAAUCUGUGGAACAAACCACAACUGAAUCAACUGAGUCAACAACAAGUUCCAGUUCGACGACCACCACCAGCGAGGAGUCGACACUGGCUAAAGAAAACACUGAACAAAUAAAAACAACAAAAACUACAACAACAAAAAAACGUAUUAUCAAGAGCACAACUUCGUCAUCGACUUCGAUGACGAGUUCAACUACUAACUCACAAAUAAUCGAUGACAAAAUUAUAGAUGCCUUAGAUGACUUACCUAUUGAGUUCAAGGCAGCUUUGAAUGGUGCAACUACUAAGAUUAAUGCAGACAAUAACAAAUCGCCCACACAUGCACCAAUUGCAUUCACUUUGCAGCCAUAUGCGGAGCGCACUGGUAACACGAAAAUAACGGUGCUUGAAGAGCGACAAUUUGAAAGCGAUCAGAAGGCUUACGCAGAGGUGCGCACUCGAGAUGCUGAUGGUGAGGAGAAAUUACAAACCAGCACAGAAACUCACAAAGAACACGCUAAACUUAAGAAAAUUCACAGCAAGGACAGUUUGGAUGAGUUAACGACUGAAUUUGCAGCCAACGAUGAGAAUAAACCGAUGACCGUCACCGCUACAGCGGAAACACGUAUAUCGGAAUUAGCUGAGAAUCCACGAGAUAUGCAAAGUAUUGCUAGGGGUAUUUUGAAUUUAUCGGAAAGUGGUAAACAAUUGCAAAAGACUGCAGAUGGUGGUGUGGAGUACACAGAAUGUGAGCACAAAGUGCAGGACACGUACGAAGAUGUGGAAGAAAUAUUGAGUCCGAGGAAGAAUCAAGAAAGUGUAUUUGAUAAUGAUGUUAGUAUGGAACCCAGUUUACUAAGAGAAGUAAGUGAGACUAUAACAGUUGCUAAAAAUGAUGAGAAGCAAACUACUAAACGUGCAGAAACAACGAAAGAAAUACCAAAGAAAGGUGUUAAAUUAUUAAGAAAAACUGAAGAUGAAAAACGUUUGGAACAAGAAGCACAAAAGCUAAUUGAUAGCUACCAAAAAGUGCGUAAAGAAGCUGAAAAACUAUUUCAAGAUGAUGUACGUGUGGAUGAUGAAGCUGGCUUUGAUUUGAGUGCAUACGAAGAAAGUUCUGUGAAUGUAGUAGACGAUGUGAAGAAAGAAGAAAUUAAGAUUGAAAGUCCAACAAAAACAGAGACAACUGCUGACUUCUUGAAAAGCGAACGUAGUUUCAAUGAUAACGAAAAGGAAACUUUACAAAAACAAUUCACUGAAAAUGAAACAGUGCCAAUUAUUGAACCCACAGCAACGCCUCCUACAACUCCUACUCUAAUGGAUAGUGAACCUUUCUAUUUGUUGCACAAAAAUAUAAUUAAAGGCACAAAUAUUAAUAAAAAUGAAAAUUCAAAAGUAAAUAUAAAUAAAAUAAAUGAAAUUGACCAACCAGAAAUGCAAAACACAACAAAAGUGACUGAAAUUAUUAAAAUUGAAGAAGUUACAAAACCUUUACCCCGUGCAUUAAAAUUGGUUAUAGAAAAAGCAGACAAUGUCAAACAGGAAGAGUUGAAGAUUGCAACAAACAAGCCACCUGUGCCACAUAAACGUGAAAUUAAGCCCACACCAACGAAACGCGCCUCUAUCGAUGCAACCGAACUACUUACAAAGACCACACAACCUACAAGUUGUGAUGAGAGCACAACUCCAACGAAUGCUUCACCCAUUUUUGAAACCCCAAAGCCACUCGAACGUAUAAUUGUCGGUGUAGAACAUCAAAUAGAAAUACCUUUGAAUGACAAAAGCCCAAUUAUCACAUUUGCUAGUGAAGAUCUGCCAACUGAAAAUGUUGGUUCACCAAAAUAUAUGCCAAAUGUGGUUUCUAGUUCGUUGUCGGCAGAAUUCAAUGACAAUGCUAACACCAACAACAACAAUAACAGUAGCAAUAGCAAUAGCAACAGUGAUAGUAGCUAUGCUAAUAUGCAAAUGGGCAAUGAGUUGCAUUUGGAGACCAUCAAUUUACCCACUGAAAUACAAAAGCAAAAUUCACAGUCACAACAGUCGCAAUCCAUGUCAGAGGGACAAACAACGCCAACAGUUAUGUCAACUUCAUCAUCAGUUGAUUCGGUUAAGAGUGCCAUUGAGGUUAUCGGUGUCGUGGAAUCAAAGUCAGAGGAGGACAUCAUCAAGUCAAGCACAAGUGAUGAAGUUUUGUGCGCACAAGUGGAACCACAAUUGUUGCACUCUCAAGCCAUGUAUGCUACAUGUUGCUCCGAUGAAGAUAUACGCACAAAUCCACACACUGGGCUUACAUCAUAUCAAACUAAGCCACACCAUACUCCACACUCCACACACCACACACCACAUGAAGAACUGCUAUGCAAUUUUGCUACCAUUCUAGCUACAAAAUAG